AAUUGUUAAAAAUAAAUAAAUUUUCUAUAAAAAUAACAACAAGAACGCCUUAAACUAUGCUGUAAAUUAUAAAUUGUUGUUGACUUUGUGGUCUAUAGCUUAAGCUCCCCCCACUAUCUAUAUUUGUCUCACCCGUUUUAAAACAACAUGUAUACUUAUGACUUUAAAAAUAACAAGACUGAUAACAAUGUUGCCGCUACAAAUGUUGUUGCUAAAGAAUUUCAAUUUAAAAUAUUGUUGCCAUAUGCCAAGCAACAUCCUACACAGCAUUAAAUAAACCACAGCCCAGCUAAAAAAAAUUAAGAAAAAGUAAACAACAAAAAUGUUUCUUAUAAUAUAAAUAAUAAAAUAAUUUAAUAUAAAAAGUAAUAUAAAAUAAUAAAUAAAAAUAAUUAGUGCUAAAUUAAAAAAAAUAAAUAUAACAAAAAAAAUAUAUUUUAUAAUUACCGGUGUUAGCUAAAAUUCUGUAAAAAUUAGUUCAAAAGCUAAAUCCAACAAAAUGCCGGGCGGAAGAAGAGGUUUAGUUGCUCCACAAAAUACAUUCCUGGAGAAUAUUAUAAGGAGAUCCAACUCACAACCUGACAGUUCAUUCCUUCUGGCCAAUGCCCAAAUUGUCGACUUUCCCAUUGUGUAUUGCAAUGAAUCCUUUUGCAAGAUUAGUGGCUAUAAUCGGGCCGAGGUUAUGCAAAAAUCUUGCAGAUGUGGUUUCAUGUAUGGCGAGCUGACAGAUAAAGAAACGGUGGCCCGUUUGGAAUACACCUUGGAAAAUCAACAACAGGACCAAUUUGAAAUUUUAUUAUAUAAAAAGAACAAUUUACAAUGUGGCUGCGCUUUGACACAGUUUGGCAAAGUUUUACCAGGUAGCAAAACAAAAACUCCAUUAUGGCUUCUGCUACAGGUGGCACCCAUACGCAACGAAAGGGAUUUGGUUGUCUUAUUCCUGUUAACAUUUCGAGAUAUAACCGCCUUAAAACAACCCAUCGACAGCGAAGAUACCAAGGGUGUUUUAGGUCUAUCAAAAUUUGCCAAAUUGGCACGUUCGGUUACGAGAAGUCGUCAAUUCAGCGCACAUUUGCCAACGCUAAAGGAUCCAACGAAACAAUCAAAUUUAGCGCAUAUGAUGUCCUUGAGUGCGGAUAUAAUGCCACAAUAUCGCCAGGAAGCACCAAAAACACCACCUCAUAUACUGUUGCAUUAUUGUGCAUUUAAAGCGAUUUGGGAUUGGGUCAUAUUAUGUUUAACAUUUUAUACAGCAAUUAUGGUGCCAUAUAAUGUAGCUUUUAAAAAUAAAACCUCAGAAGAUGUUUCAUUACUUGUUGUUGAUUCAAUUGUAGAUGUUAUAUUCUUUAUUGAUAUUGUUUUAAAUUUUCACACCACAUUUGUGGGCCCCGGCGGCGAAGUAGUUAGUGAUCCCAAAGUGAUACGUAUGAAUUAUUUGAAAUCUUGGUUUAUCAUCGAUUUGCUCAGUUGCCUGCCAUACGAUGUCUUCAAUGCCUUUGAUCGUGACGAGGAUGGCAUCGGUUCACUAUUCAGUGCUUUAAAAGUUGUACGUCUGCUGCGUUUGGGUCGUGUUGUACGCAAACUAGAUCGUUAUCUGGAAUAUGGAGCUGCCAUGCUCAUACUAUUAUUAUGUUUCUAUAUGUUAGUGGCUCAUUGGUUGGCCUGUAUAUGGUAUUCCAUAGGAAGGACCGAUGCCGAUAAUGGAAUCCAGUAUAGUUGGCUUUGGAAGUUGGCGAAUGUAACACAAUCACCCUAUUCCUAUAUUUAUAAUAAUGAUUCCACAGAACUGAUAAAUGGCCCUUCACGCAAGAGUAUGUAUGUGACAGCUUUAUAUUUUACCAUGACUUGUAUGACAUCGGUGGGGUUUGGAAACGUUGCCGCCGAGACGGACAACGAGAAGGUGUUCACCAUCUGCAUGAUGAUAAUUGCAGCUCUUCUUUACGCCACUAUAUUUGGUCAUGUCACCACCAUCAUACAACAGAUGACCUCGGCUACGGCUAAAUAUCAUGACAUGCUUAAUAAUGUACGUGAAUUUAUGAAAUUGCAUGAGGUACCGAAGGCCUUAAGUGAACGUGUUAUGGAUUAUGUGGUAUCCACGUGGGCCAUGACCAAAGGAUUAGAUACGGAAAAGGUACUAAACUAUUGUCCGAAAGAUAUGAAGGCUGAUAUAUGUGUUCAUCUAAAUCGCAAAGUAUUUAACGAGCAUCCAGCAUUUCGUCUUGCCUCGGAUGGUUGUCUAAGAGCGCUGGCCAUGCACUUUAUGAUGUCACACUCGGCACCGGGAGAUUUGCUAUAUCAUACGGGAGAAAGUAUAGACAGUUUAUGUUUCAUAGUGACGGGUUCUCUGGAAGUAAUACAGGAUGAUGAAGUUGUGGCGAUAUUGGGCAAGGGAGACGUCUUUGGUGACCAAUUCUGGAAGGAUUCAGCCGUUGGCCAGAGUGCGGCCAAUGUGCGUGCCCUUACCUAUUGUGAUUUGCAUGCCAUCAAACGUGAUAAAUUACUCGAAGUCCUCGACUUUUAUUCGGCAUUUGCUAACAGUUUUGCCCGCAAUCUAGUGCUCACUUACAAUCUCAGGCAUCGUUUGAUUUUUCGCAAGGUGGCUGAUGUGAAACGCGAAAAAGAAUUGGCCGAAAGGCGUAAAAACGAGCCACAAUUGCCUCAAAAUCAAGAUCAUCUGGUGCGUAAAAUCUUUUCCAAAUUCCGUCGCACUCCCCAGGUGACAACCGGCUCGAAAGAGGCCGUUUCCGGUCAAAGCGAUGUCGAAAAGGGAGGCGGAGGCAGUGCUGGCGGUGGAGGUGGUUCCGAUACCCUUGAAGCGGAUCGUAAUAAGAAGUUACCUGCCAAAUUAACAUUAACCGAGGAUUCCCGUAUUUUAACCACCGCUGCCGCACCCACCCCAUCACCCUCUCCAUCACCUUCAUCUGGUCCACCAUCUGCACGUAGUACACGUGCUAGCAAAUGGGGACGCCUUUUGGGUAGUUCAAGUGUCGAUUCAGCUAGCGAUACUAGCGCCAAAGUAGCCGUUUCGAGAAGUUUGAGUGCCCGCGAAAGUCUGCGUGAAAGCACUGCCGCCCAAGCGAGGCAGAGUAGUACUUCGAGUAGUAAUGGUGGACAAGGCAAUAAAGUUUUUCCAAAAGCUCCCAAACUGCAGGCCAGUCAAGCCACGUUGGCACGUCAAGACACCAUUGAUGAGGGCGGUGAAGUGGACUCAUCACCACCCAGCCGUGAUAGUCGUGUGGUAAUCGAAGGCAGCAGUGCUACCGCCACCGUGCUCACCGCUCUCUCUACUAAAGAACGCAACUUGGCCUUGGAACGUGAACGGCAAAUUGAAAUGGCUUCAUCGCGUGCCACCACCUCCGAUACCUAUGAUACAGGCCUAAGAGAACAACCACCCACUUUAGCUCAACGAGAUCUCAUAGCCACCGUUUUGGAUCUCAAAGUGGAUGUACGUCUCGAACUGCAACGCAUGCAGCAGCGCAUUGGGCGCAUUGAAGACUUACUCACCGAAGUGGUGAAACGUUUGCAGCAAGACUCCUCGGGCCAGACAACACCGGCCGAUGACAACAUGUGUGUAUGUGGCUCGACAACGUUGACCUCAACGUCGGCGGCGGCGGCGGCCAGUGGCAGCAGCUCAGGGGGCUUAGUUGGUAGACGCCCAACAGAAGGUGGGGCAACACAUUCCACCGCUACCACACCAGCCGCCGAUACUGUUAUAACAAUAUCCACAGCUCCACCCACACCACCCAUCGGUGGAGUUGGUGGUGCUGGUGUGGGUGCAACCGGUGCAUCCGCUGCUCCAACGUCUACAGGUGCAGCUGCGACAGUAGCGGUCGGCCCAACCGCCACUACUGCAGCAGCAACUAGCUCAUCCAACCUGCUGAAUCCCGUGCAAAUGGUCACGUCGACAACGGGUGGCAAUGGUCUAGGGCCUUUAAUGCUUAAAAAGCGGCGUUCGAAGAGCAGAAAAGCACCGGCGCCUCCCAAGCAGACCCAUGCUCAAGCCGCUGCUACUAGUGCCGCUCUACAAAGUCCCGAACAGCAGCGUUUGCUAGAGGAGGAACUACCCUCACCAAACACUGCACAAGCCACAACGGCGGUAGUAACAACAGCUGCUGCUGCUUCAGGUGGUGCUCUAGUGACAUCAACUGCCAGCACCACAGCAACUAGCUCAACAACAGGUGCUACCAGCAGUGGCGGAGGACGCUCUAAGCGUGAGUUUCUCUAGCCCAAAAUUUUAGUACGCCAUCAGUCGGACAAUAGCAGUUUUGAGCAAUAAUAUUAAAUUUAUUUAAAAUGAAGAAAAGCAAAUGAAAAACGAACAUGUUUAUUAUAGUAAUUAAAGUUUAAAAAAAAAAAAGCUUUUUAUUUUUUUAUAUAAUUUAAUGUAAUUUUUUUUAUAAAAAAUUAAACGCUUAAGCUAAUGGCGUACUUACUAAGCAAAACUCAUACACUUUUUUAACAAAGACUCCUGCUCAUUGUUAUUCCAUUUUUCUUUCUCUACUCCUUCUCCCUUAAAUCAGUUAUUGGCAAAAAGCUCUCUAGCGUUCACUUGCAAAAAAAUGUGAACUCUAGAUAGUAAAACUUUUUGCCAAAAGCUGUUUCUUUUCUUAAAUAAGAACAUGAACAAAUUAAUUAUUAUUAGAUCUAGUAAAAAAGCAUAUUGCUUACGAAUUUUUGCUAAUAAUUUAGAUAUAAAAUAACCUUUCCCUUUACCCUAAAAACAAACCCCUAAACCCCUUUAGAAACUUUGUUAUUAAUUUUAAGUCAUUACAGUUAUAAAUAGUUAAAUAUUUCAAAAGUUAAACUCCCCCCAUAAAAAAACUUAAUAAAAUUAAAGGCUAUUUUCU